GCUCUAGCAGGUAAACAGCUGCGCCGCCCGCUGUUGCGCAGCAUGCAGCUGGGAGGCAUGGGAGCAGCAUGGGCAGGGGGAGGGGCGUGCAGAUUGCAGCGGCCAGCAGGGUCGCGUGCAUCCAUCUGAGACGUGUGGCAACCUGCCCGGCCCAAGAUGGGCGCGCCGCACACACACUGGGCAGCAAUCACCCAGCAUGGACGCUGCGGCGGGGCUGGAGACGUGCAGACAGCCCUGGGGGAUCAUGCGCCUCAUGCGGAUGAGGGGGCAUGCGCGGCACCGGGAUGCAGGACACCGUCUGGGGGCGGCGCGGCAGCGGGCGGCGGCAGCCCGCUCCACCCCAGCGCACCUGCCCAUUCUGUUCGCUAGUAGGUGGCUCAUGGAGGGGCUGCACGUCAUGUGCUUGCAGGUUGGAUCAAGAUGAAGCAGCUGGUCGCGUCGAGGACGCUCGCCAUCCCCGAUGAUGUGUCCAUCGAGGUGAAGGCCCGCAAGGUCCGCGUGAAGGGCCCCCGCGGCACCCUGCAGCGCGACUUCAAGCACCUUGCCGUGGACAUGUUCCUGACUGAGGAGGAGGGCAGCAAGGUGCUCAAGGUGGACUGCCACUUUGGGCGGCGCAAGGCGCUGGCGUCCAUCCGCACCUGCACCUCGCACGUGCAGAACAUGAUCACCGGCGUGACCAAGGGCUUUGAGUACAAGAUGCGCCUCGUGUACGCCCACUUCCCCAUCAACAUCAACAUCGAGAACAAGGGCGGCAAGGUGGAGAUCCGCAACUUCCUGGGCGAGAAGAUUGUGCGGGUGGUGGACAUGCUGCCGGGCGUGACGUGCGAGCGCAGCGCCGCCGUCAAGGACGAGCUGAUCCUCACCGGCAACGACAUCGAGCUGGUGUCCCGCAGCAGCGCGCUCAUCCACCAGAAGUGCCUGGUGAAGAAGAAGGACAUCCGCAAGUUCCUGGACGGCAUCUACCUCAGCGCCAGAAGUACCAUCCCUCAGGGCGAAGAGUAGGAGGAUUUGACGGGCAGGGAGCCUGCAAGGCGGCCCCAGCAGGACGCGCGUGCGCUCGCAGCGGCAUCCGUGCUUAAGGAGCGGGACCCCCGUGCCAUGUCGCAGCAGCCACCCUGUAACGCACCAGUGGAACA